AUGCCCGUGUAUGGUACUCUUAUUUUCUUAAUUCACAUUUGUAAGUGGAAGCAGGUCAUCAUAUUAGCGAUGCCUCUUGACAGCGUAAUAACAUCACCUCAUAGGAGGUCGCAGACACAGACUGUUUUCUCUCCACCAUCAUUGAAAAGACAGCACUCUUCACGGGAAGACGAAUUAGGAAGCUGUUCAACUCUUCUUCAGCGACACCGAUUCCUUCUAACUGCUCUUGCACUCCUAGCAUUUCUCUGCACUAUAUAUCUGUACUUUGCUGUCACUCUGGGGGCGGCUCGUGAUUCAUGCGCUGAAAUGUCCGGGGCACAAAAAGCAUCGUGUCAUUUGCAGCAAGUAAAAGCGGCUGUGGCAAAGGAAAGGAAAUUGUAA